CAUCUGUUGAAUGUGUACGUCGGCGGGCGGAGGGAGAGGAAGAGGUCAACUAAGCCGCGGACAGUGAAGGAAACGAGCGACCACGACCAGGAACCAUCCAGCGUGCACCAGUCACCUACUAAAAGUUAUGACAACCAUUGUGAUGGAGAGAAUCGGGCGAGUGUUCAUCAGCCUGCAGCAGAUCAGGCAGGUUCCCCAGUUGCUGACCAAGGCGGCUCCCUCCAUGCCCGGCACCAUUAGAGACACUGACGUCCCCUACUACUUUAGGGAGCGCUACGUCUGCACUGGUUACCGCCCGCUACACCAAAACUGGCGCUACUACUUCCUGUCCAUGUUCCAGCGCCACAAUGAGACCAUCAACAUCUGGACGCACCUGCUGGCGUUUUUAGUUUUCUUGGUGAAAUUGUGCCAGCUCUCUGAGAUGGUGGACUUCGUUGGAGAUUCUCACUCGUGGCCUUUGUUGAUUCUCAUCGUGUCCUCCUUGAUCUACUCGGCAUUCAGUGUAGCAGCUCACCUACUGGGUGGCAAGUCUGAGCUGUAUCACUAUACCUUCUUCUACCUGGACUAUGUCGGGGUGGCGCAGUAUCAGUAUGGCAGUGCUGUUGUUCACUUUUAUUACGCUGUGGAUGAGAACUUGUACAAAUACGUGCAUGGUAUCUUCAUGCCUGCUGCCACUAUCUUCAGCUGUCUGUCAUGCCUGGGGUGUUGUUAUGGCAAAUAUCGUAACCACAACCUACCGACAUGGGUGCGCAAGGUGGGCCAAGUGGUGCCCUCAGCCGUCGCCUAUACCUGGGACAGCAGCCCCGUGGCUUUUAGGCUCUUAUCCUGGUCUACAGCCAGCAACGACCCAGCCAUUAUCUACCACUUUGGCCAGGUAGCCUUCUUUCUCAGCUGUGCCUUCUUCUUCUCCUAUCCCCUGCUAGAGCGCUGCUUCCCCGGACGGUGUGAUUUUGUAGGACAGAGUCAUCAGUUGUUCCACGUUUUUCUAUCCUGUUGCACCCUGUGUCAGAUCCACGCCUCGCACCUCGAUUUCUUGGGCCGUCGAGAGGUGUACUCACGUCUGCAUGGGAGCGGUGACGCUGCCAUCUUCGUGGGACUGUACGGGGUCACUCUGGUUGUAUGUGCAAUCAUUGUUACCUUCAUGUUGAGGAAAGCUAAGAAAGUGAUAGAUCCCAAACACAAGUCCAAAUGAUAGACAGGAUGUUACAGAAACUAUGUGCCUUUUCCUUCCAGACUUACUGCUUUGAUAGAAAGGGAACUAAUUAUCUAGUAUUAUGUACACAAGCACUGAAAUAGGAACAUUUCCUAACAGUACAUGCCAGAUUGCAAGAGGGAUACAUAAUGAUAUUUUACAUUAGCAUUUUGAUGCUCAUAUUUAUUAGAAACCUUUGGAACAAUUCAUAGUACCACAAUGAAUGUAUCAGCUGGAAAACACAUUAACAUAACCAAUCACAAUCUGAUCAUAAACAGGUUCUCACAAUUUGCAAAGACUAUUGAAACUUAUAUAUGACCACUGACAGUAUUUUGUCAAUUAUAGGUGCUGUUCAUGAUAAAAUAGAUGUGGUUGAAGUCGUUUAAUUAUCAGGUUGAUGGGAUUUUGGGUUGCAGUUAUGCUUAGACUGU